AUGGUGCAGUCUCUUGGGCAGACGUCGGAGUCAUCAUGUUGUUCAUUUCGAGCACCAAUACGAGGCCGAUUGUUGCACAACCAGACACGAGAAGGCCAUGCCCGUAUCAGUUGGGUAGCACGGCCAAAUGUCGUCUCCAUGAUGCAGCUCACGGAUGAUCACGGACGAAUAGCCAGCUGUGAAGCACAGGCGCUCCACACUUGCGCAGGUCAGGGCACUGUCAGGCUGAACUGCCGUGAAGUGACCCACCGCGACAGCAGCCUUGCUACGGGCGGCGUGACCGGGUCAGGGUCAGCUCCCGUGUCCGCCGCUCUCGUGGUGGUGCUCCCGAGAGCAGCCUCCUCCCCGUCCCGCAGCUUCCACACGACGCCCGCGGCCCUCAAGAAGUCCAAAGCCAAGAAGAUGGUCGAGCAGCAAGAGAACAACCCCUCCUCAUCACCAUCGUCAUCCUCGUCCUCCCGCAACUCGGCCUCGACGUCGACCUCCGACCACGACGACGACGCCGACGCCGCGAGGAACCCCAAACCCGACGCCGCCGACCCCCUCAACACGGACGACCUCACAUCCCGCUGGGCGGCCCUCGACACGCACUUCCGCGACGCCCUCCGCCGCCUCGCUACGGGCGGCCGCUUUCAACCCCGACUCGAUCGGCGCCCUGCCCGUGGCCCCCGACCCCAAAGUCCCCCGAGCGCUUCCCGCUGCGCGAAGUUCGCCCAGGCGAGCCCCGACUUUAACCAGCAGCCCCAGCCGAGCCCGGACAACGACCUCGAGCUGCUGCUCAAGGUCGAGCCCGAGCGCAAGGAGGAUCUCGUCGUCAAGGCCAAGGCGCUGACCCCUCGCCUGGCGCGAGAGGGUACGCCAUGCGAGCGACCGCAGGAAGAAGGUCGUCGCCAAGUGGGCCAUGCAGAAGGAGAUUGGGCCCGACCUGCGCAAGAGGGUCGAUGCUGA